AUGGAAGGCAUUCGGCAAACAUUCCAGCGCUGCAAGGCCCAGGGCAGGUCUGCACUCGUUACAUAUGUUACUGCCGGUUUCCCUACGCCGCAGGACACCCCCAAUGUCCUGCUCGCCAUGGAAAAGGGCGGCGCUGAUGUGAUCGAACUCGGCGCCCCUUUCACCGAUCCUAUUGCCGACGGCCCGACUAUUCAGACAUCAAACACUGUUGCGCUGCAACAUGGUGUUACGAUCGAGUCAACGCUCAAGAUGGUCAAAGAUGCGAGAGACCAGGGCCUGAAGGCGCCCGUCAUGUUGAUGGGAUACUACAACCCUCUCCUGAGCUACGGCGAGGAGAGACUCUUGACCGACUGCAAGACAUCAGGCGUCAACGGUUUUAUUGUCGUCGACCUGCCUCCUGAGGAGGCAAUUUCUUUCCGCAAGCUCUGCACUAAGGGAGGACUCUCCUACGUCCCCCUGAUCGCUCCCGCGACCUCUGAUGCGCGCAUGAAGAUUCUCUGCAAGCUGGCCGACUCCUUCAUCUACGUCGUCUCCCGCCAGGGUGUUACGGGUGCUUCCGGCUCCCUGAACGCCAACCUGCCCGCCCUUGUCGAGCGUGUCAAGAAGUACAGUGGCAACAAGCCCGCCGCCGUCGGCUUCGGCGUGAGCACAAGAGACCACUUCCUGAGCGUUUCCCAGCUCGCCGACGGUGUUGUCGUCGGUUCCCAGAUCAUCACAACCCUCCAGAAGGCCGCCCCUGGUGAGCUGUACAACGACGUCGCAAAUUACUGCGCGUAUCUGUGCGGCCGCGACACCGCUAACAACGAGACCACCCGCGAGGUUGGCAUGGUUGAGGUCAUGGCUGCUGCCAAGGAGCCCACGGACCCCACAGUCGACGAAACCAUUACCGCCGACCAGGACAGCGAGCUGGUUGCAGAGCUCGCCGCCAUGCACGGCAAGAUCCCCGACCGCUUCGGCGACUUUGGUGGCCAGUACGUCCCCGAGAGUUUGAUGGACUGCCUGUCCGAGCUCGAGGAGGGCUUCAACAAGAUCAAGGACGACCCGUCCUUCUGGGAGGAGUACCGCUCAUACUACGAAUACAUGGGCCGCCCCGGCCACCUGCACCUCGCAGAGCGCCUGACGGAGUACGCCGGCGGCGCCAACAUCUGGCUGAAGCGUGAGGAUCUCAACCACACCGGAUCCCACAAGAUCAACAACGCCCUGGGCCAGCUUCUCCUCGCGAAGCGCCUCGGCAAGACCAAGAUCAUUGCCGAGACGGGCGCCGGCCAGCAUGGUGUCGCGACCGCGACCGUCUGCGCCAAGUUCGGCAUGGAGUGCACAGUCUACAUGGGAGCCGAGGAUGUCCGCAGACAGGCGCUCAACGUCUUCCGCAUGAAGCUUCUCGGCGCAAAGGUCGUUGCGGUCGAGGCCGGCAGCAAGACCCUGCGUGACGCAGUCAACGAGGCUAUGCGCGCCUGGGUUGUCGAGCUCGACACCACGCACUACAUCAUUGGCUCCGCCAUCGGCCCUCACCCCUUCCCUACCAUUGUUCGUACGUUCCAGUCCGUCAUCGGCAACGAGACCAAGGCGCAGAUGCUCGAGAAGAGAGGCAAGCUGCCCGAUGCCGUCGUCGCCUGCGUUGGUGGCGGCAGCAACGCCGUCGGCAUGUUCUACCCCUUCGCCAACGACCCCUCGGUCAAGCUCCUUGGAGUUGAGGCCGGUGGUGACGGUAUCGACACCGCCAGGCACAGCGCCACCCUCUCCGGAGGCAGCAAGGGCGUCCUGCACGGCGUCAAGACCUACAUCCUCCAGGACAAGCACGGCCAGGUCGCCGAGACCCACUCCAUCUCCGCCGGUCUCGACUACCCCGGUGUGGGCCCCGAGCUCAGCUCUUGGAAGGACAGCGAGCGCGCCAAGUACAUUGCCGCCACCGACGCCGAGGCCUUUAUCGGCUUCCGCCUCAUGAGCCAGCUCGAGGGCAUCAUCCCCGCGCUGGAAUCGGCGCACGGCAUCUUUGGCGCCAUCGAGCUCGCCAAGACGAUGAAGAAGGACGAGGACGUCGUCAUCUGCCUGAGUGGCCGCGGUGACAAGGACGUGCAGAGCGUCGCGGACGAGUUGCCCAAGCUGGGCCCCAAGAUUGGUUGGGAUUUGCGCUUUUGA